UGUACCAAUUUAAGUUAGUUUUUUAUACUUUGGAAGACUGACGUAGGAGUUAUAUCUCGUAUAAUUUAAAAGCAUAAUAAUGACAUCGGAAAUGGAACCCUACGCUCCGGAGUUGCUUUGGUUCGUGAUCGCCGGUUUCGUGGUGGCUUUCGUGUUGGCAUUCGGCAUCGGUGCCAACGACGUGGCAAAUUCCUUUGGCACCAGCGUCGGCUCUAAAGUCCUGACUCUGACACAAGCUUGCGUGCUCGCCACCAUCUUCGAGAUAGCAGGAGCCGUGCUUAUCGGAUACAAGGUGUCAGACACAAUGCGGAAGGGCAUCCUGGACGUGAGCCUGUACGAGGGCGGCGGCGAGCGGCUGCUGGCGGCGGGCUGUCUGUCGGCGCUGUUCGCGGGCGCGCUGUGGCUGCUGCUGGCCACGGCGCUGCGCCUCCCCGUCUCCGGCACGCACUCCAUCGUCGGCGCCACAGUCGGCUUCACUCUCACUGCCAAGGGUCCGGUUGGCGUCCGCUGGUCCACGCUCGGCGCGAUAGUCCUGUCGUGGUUUAUCUCCCCGGCGCUGAGUGGCGCGGUUUCGGCGAUGCUGUUCUGGCUGGUGCGCCGUUUUAUAUUGCGCGCCGUUGCACCGUUGAAAGCGGGUCUCCAAGCGUUGCCUUAUUUCUACGGAGCCACAGUCGCAGUCAACGUAAUCAGCGUGGUUCACGAUGGCCCUAAAUUGAUGGCGAUGGACAAAAUCCCAGUGUGGGCUGCGCUGGCAGGCUCCACAGCGCUGGGUGCCAUAGCAGCUGGCUGCGUACAAGCAUUUCUGGUCCCUUACUACAGACGUCAAUUGACCAAACCGACUCCAGUAAAUUUCACACUCGGUGUAUCCAAUGAAACUACUCCAAUUAAUAGUCCGAGCCAUGGUAACAAAAACAUCGCAAUAAUACGUCCGACUUCCGUUCACACCGAGGAGGGAAAAAUACUCGAAGCUAUAGCAGAGAGCGCCGAGAUGGCUGUCCUCGACAAUGGAGAGCACGUUUCCGACGAAGUCAAGGAGAAAAACGCCAAAAAUCGCGCCUUGUUAGCCACCAUGGACGACUGCAGCCUCCUGUCGCGCAGCUUGAGUCCGCCCAACCGAUCCAACCUCAUGUUGAUGGAUGGUGACUCUCAGAUAAACACUCUCAAAUACAUUGACGAGACAUUGAGCUACUGCAAAAGUUUGGAUUCCGAUCAGCUCGCGGGAAUGGGUGAAAGUUUUGGUUCGCGGAACGGGUUCUUAGGGGAUUCGUGCGAAACUAUUGCACGCGGUGAAUUCGAUCGGCUCUCUGGUGCUCGAGCUCCGAUUGCAGCAGAAUCUGAUACUCCACCUCCGCGAACUGAUAAAAGUCCGGAGCCAUCGGGUGCAUGGAGCGUGGAGCGCGACAGGGUGGGUGGGGCGGCUAGGCUGCCCGCCAUCACCCCCAACUCCAGCGCGGCGCCGCUGCUGCGCGGGGGCACGCCGCCGCCACCGCCGCCAGUACCGCAGCCCGAGCCCGAAGCGCUCAAACUCUUCUCAUUUCUGCAAGUUCUGACAGCUACGUUUGGCGCAUUUGCUCACGGCGGCAAUGACGUCAGCAACGCGAUAGGGCCGCUAGUGGCACUGUGGCUGCUGUACUCGGAGGGCGGCACGCACGCGCAAGCGGAGACGCCGCUGGCCAUCUUAGUGUUCGGCGGCGUGGGCAUCGCGUUAGGCUUGUGGCUCUGGGGUCGACGCGUCAUCCAGACCGUGGGAGAGGAUCUCACUAACAUCACUCCUGACACCGGCUUCACCAUCGAGCUGGGUUCUGCGCUGACGGUGCUGGUGGCCAGCAAGGCGGGUCUGCCUAUUUCCACUACACACUGUAAGGUCGGAUCCGUCGUCUGCGUCGGGUACUUCUCCGAUAAGGCCGUAGACUGGAGUCUCUUUAGGAACAUAAUCUUCGCAUGGGUGGUGACCGUCCCAGUGGUAGCAGGCAUUGCCGCUCUUACUAUGUUGGCUCUUGAAUCGUUUGCCGUCUAAUUAUUGAAUGUAAUACUGCAUGGCUUAGUUUCUAUGAAAAUCUUAUACAAGUUAUAAGUACGUGUUUAGAUAGUGAACAGAAUAUUUUAGAAAUAUUUUAUUCAGCUAGGAAAUGUGGGUUUCCAUAGGCAAACAAUUAUGUACUUAAAAAUAGAAGAUUGAAACACUGAAGUGAACUGCUUAGUAUGUAUUUGCUAAGGCAGUAGAACCCGGCCCUUGACGUUUGUUGCGAGUUUACGUAGGUAGAGAUAUUCGAUGAUUAGUGAAAAGAACGAUACACAAAAUUAUCAGCCUCUUGAAAAGAGUGGUGCUAAACCCGGAUGGUGCUGUUUGUUGUUCACCGCGCUCGACUGCUUGCAGCGAAAACACUUGCAUAGAGUCACACACGCAAAUGCCUAAGAAUGUGGAUAGCUCUGAGAAAAGGAGCCGGGAAGGUGCAGACGUGAUGUUCUAAUAGUCACAGCACAAAGGCUAUGUCGCUAGCGCAAAUGCCGGCUUAGAAAAUUACUCGGCAACGGACGCUGAUUUUUAGCUUAGCUCUGACAAGAAUAAAUGGGAUCAAGCUAACAAGGGAACACCUGCAAAUCUAGCUGGAGCGGUUAUUGUACAUUAUAAUAGUAUAUUAACUAUUUUUAUGAAAACACUCGUAGAAUGGCAUUCACUAGCUGCGAAAACAUGGAACACGAACCCUUCAGAAGCGAGCGGAACGGCCACUUUAAUUGUAGGUACUCAAUGCGGCCAAUGCACCUACUUAAUACCCCGAAGUGAUAAAUAAAGGAUGAUGGUCUAUCUACCUUAGAGUGAUUGAACUCGUACAUAGAAUUUAUUGUUGUACACACCACUACUUGUAGGUA